AAAGAUUCAAAAGUAGAUCUUUUUCAGAGAAGAGGAAAAGCUAUUGAUAAAUUAGAAAAAGUUCCCGAGAGGUCACCCCAAAGUAGUCCACGUUAUACUCCUCUUAUUCCUUCUGGAACAUCAUCCCCUUUAUCACCAUAUAAUUACACCAUCUCCCAAAAAUUAUCUUCGCGAUCGGUUGGUGAUGAACUGAGUAAAUCCAAUUCCACACCUCUCCCAUCUUCAAAAUCAUUAUCGCCUUCUCAUUCAAACCCCCCAUUGUAUCACAGUAAAUCUAUGGAUAUACAGCCCGCACACUAUAAGAAUUUGCAUGCUAGUAAAAGUACUGGACACUUACGUGAUGGUGAUAAAGUUAUUUCUAAAAAAUCAAGGCCAGUACCACUGAAUUUAGAUGAUGAUGACGACGACUUAUUAUAUUCCGAUGGACAGAAGCCGAAGAAAAAACACCAAGCUCAAGAUCUUAUUGAUUUCUUAAACUCGACACCACCCAGUGAGCAGACUGAGUUUCCAAGAUCUGUUAAGAAAGACCUCUUAAACGAAA